AUGGCAGCUUCAACAUCCACAGGCAGGCUCCUACUGCCAGGUCAACCACUCUCCGUCACCUCCUCUUCUUCUAAGUUGCAACUCGAACUAGGACCUGGCACAUACACCCGUGGCGAUUACAUCCUUUCCUCUCUUGUCGGUUACGAAGCUCGCACUCCCUCCUCCUCCUCUUCCACCUCCAAGAAACCCACCUCCGAAUACAUUUCGAUCUCCGGCGUGGAAAACCGCUUCGUAGUCCCUCAACCAGAUUCCACCGUUAUCGCGCGUGUUACCCGCGUUACUCCGCGGCAAGCCUAUCUCUCGAUCCUCAUCGUUGACGGUCUCCCCUGCGGCUCUUCCUCUUCCACCUCCAGCACAUUCGUCCAAUCCGGACUAGGCAACCAUGCAGCAGGUGAAGGCGAAGGAGUAGAUUUCCAAGGCGUAGUUAGAUCACAAGAUGUCCGAACAACAGAAAAAGACAAAGUCAAACUCGCAGACUGCUUCAGACCAGGAGAUAUCGUCAGAGCUACGGUGAUCAGUCUUGGUGAUGCAAGGAGCUAUUAUUUAAGUACUGCGGAGAAUUCGUUGGGUGUGAUCUAUGCGGUGAGUGCUACGAGUACUAGUGUUGGCAGCACCGGGCAUGGGGAGGGGGGAGAAGGGGGGAAGGUGACAACGAGUGUAGGUGGAGCAGGAUGGAAUCUAAGUGGGAAUGAGAUGGUUCCGAUUAGUUGGAAUCAGAUGAUUGAUCCGGUGACAGGUGUGGUGGAGAAUAGGAAGUGUGCAAAGCCGGAUUCGCUCUGA